ACACACCCCAAGGCACACAGGGCGACACAUAUCGAUACGAUGUCCGCUUUCACCACGGCAUCCGCCGCAGUCGCACUCCCCGUGCGCGCGUCCGCGUCCACCCGCCGCGCGUCCGCCGCGCAACCCGCGCGCGUGAACCUCUCCGGGGCGCGCCUCGCUUCCGCCCCCGCUCGCGCGGCCGGGCGCGACCGCGGGGACUCGCUCGUCGUGCGCAUGGCGUCGAACCCAAACCUCGACCGCGAGAACCCUGACCUUCAGGAGAAGUUCGCCGUCAUUGGGUCCGGAGAGCACCAGUGCCAGAGCUGCUUGUACGUUUACAACCCCAAGAACGGCGACCCCGACUACCCCGUCGCGUCGGGCACCGCGUUCAAGGACCUGCCGGAGGACUGGCUGUGCCCCACUUGCGGAGCGGCGCCGAAGACGUUCAAGAGCUUGGGCAAGGAGGUUGCGGGCUUCGAGCAGAACCAGGGGUACGGGUUCGGCACCAACUCCAUGAGCGGUGGCGAGAAGAGCAUCCUCAUCUACGGUGCCCUCGCGCUCUUCUUCGCGCUCUUCCUCGGAGGCUACCUGCUCGACUAAGGGGUCGGCCACGCGUAAGAUUAGCGGUUGUAUUUCGGAUGGCUAUUAGUUCCUAA